GGCGGUAAAUACCGCCACUUGAAGGUGAGAAAUUUGCUAGAGUGGCGGUAAUUUAUUAGGAUGAGGCAAGCGACUUAAAACGAGGCAAAACUCGGUGAAACACAAAUUUAAAACUUAUCAUCAACAUUUUAAAAUUAAAAAAAGAAAAUGGAGUUACAUAAGGGACAAUGCUUCCAAACAGCAGCUGAAGCACAAGAAUUUAUUGCACAGUUUGCAAAAGCUCAUUGGCAUCCUCUGCGUCAAAGAAAUAGUGUAACAGUUGUGUCUUAUAAUAAGAAAGUUUCCCCUAAUAGCCAGCUCCCAUUAGAAAUCCAGUACCAGUCAUUAAACUGGGAGUGCAAGCAUUCUGGAGCAAUUAAAUCUCGAGGAAAAGGAAAGCGUCAGACUCACACUUUUGCUAAUGGAUGUUCUAUGCAAAUAACCAUAGUAUUCAAUCGUGUUAUGGGUAAUUUUGUUGUGUCAACAUGUAAACUAAACCAUAAUCAUGAUGUUUCCCCAGACUUGAUUAGGUUAUAUCCAGAACAUCGGCGCCCAUCAGGAAAGCUGGCAGAAGAUGUUGAUAACAUGUUGUCAGUAAAUGGAAAUCCAAGUCUUGUUUCACAAGUGUUACACAAGGAAGGUUUAGCUGUGCGUGUUAAAGAUAUGCACAAUCGAAAGCAAGUUCUUAUAAAAUCAGGUUCAACGUUAACUGCAAGACUGCGUUCUAUACUUGCAUUACCAAAUGUUCACUAUCGCUUUUUAGAAACAGAAGAUCAUCAAUUUCAAGGUUUGUUUUUCCAAACAGAUAUACAAAGAACAUUGUUCUACAAGUAUGGAGAAAUGAUUCAGAUGGAUGCAACUUAUAAGGUUUAAAAAUAUUAGUUUAAUCAUCUCUGUAUCUAAUGUUUGCAGUAUCGGGAUCCCGGCCUAUUUUUUAAUUCCGAAAUCCUGGGUUCCAUCAACUUAAGUACAUUCACGUUACUUGUGAUUCAAUUAAGUCUCAUCCUUUUACUUUGACUAUUCAUAAAUCCAAAAGUUCUUAUUUUUUUCCUAAUAGUGCUUGCUUGCAGCCUUGUUGGAAGUGUUUUUAAGAAAAUGUCAUUUUCAUUCACUUAUUCUCUAUCUAAACGUGUAAAAAUGAAACUAAUAGCACAAUUUAGAAUUUUUUUAGUAAAGCUUUAACAAUGAAAACUAUUUUACCGCGGAUAUGACAGAUAUUUACUCAUACAAAAUACCUAAUGCUUAUUUUAAAUACAACUAAUGAAUGAAAAGACUGAACUAAAGGUAUUAAAUAUAACUUGCUUUUUCAAAAAUAGA